UGAGGUGAAGAACGGGAAGAAAAUUAUGGGAACCUACAACUACAAAAUAUUCAAGUGCUUCAACCUUAAGUUCACUGUCUCGGAGCCGGGCCCACCCGAGGACGUCAAGUACGUCUUUUACAAGUUCGCCUCCGGCAGCGAUCACAUGUCCGCCGAUCAACUUGGCCAGUUCCUGUUGAUGCACCAAGGCGAAUCGGACUUGACCUCUUCAGAUUCCACCCAGAUAGUUGAGAAGAUCUUGCAAUUGCGGAAUCAGAAUGAGGAGAUUGAAGCUACGGAGCCCCCGAGCUCCAUUCAAGGCAUCAGUCUGGACGACUUCUUCCAUUUUCUACUCCUCGAUGAUUUCAAUGCCCCCAUAAAAUCCCAAGUGCAUCAUGAUAUGAAUGCUCCGCUGUCACAUUAUUUCAUAUAUACAGGACACAAUUCUUAUCUGACUGGGAAUCAACUGAGCAGUGAUUGUAGUGAUGUGCCAAUUAUAAAGGCUUUGCUUGACGGUGUGCGAGUAAUUGAACUAGAUUUAUGGCCUAAUUCAACUCGAGAUGAUGUUAUUGUAGUUCAUGGAAGGACUCUCACUUCUCCUGUCGAACUCAUUCAAUGUUUGAAGUCGAUAAAAGAGUAUGCAUUUGUUAAAUCUCAUUACCCAGUCAUUAUAACUUUAGAAGACCACCUCCCAACUGAUCUUCAAGCUAAAGUUGCGCAGAUGGUAACCCAAAUAUUUGGAGAUGCCCUUUACUAUCCUGAGAUAGAUGGCAUGGCAGAAUUCCCCUCACCAGAAUCAUUGAAAGAUCGAAUUCUUAUAUCAACCAAACCACCAAAAGAGUAUCUUGAAUCUGAAUGUUCAUCACCAACAGGUCUUAUGGAUGAACCAGAAACUGAUGGCAAGUGGCGGGAUGAACGUGAUGAAGUGGAAGAUUUGAAUGCAAGUGAAGAAAAAUCACUCCAGCAAUGUGCACCUGAAUAUGGGCGCUUGAUCACAAUCCAUGCUGGGAAACCCAAGGGUCAAGCAAAGGAUUAUCUAAGUGUUAUCGGUGAUGUCAGACGCCUAAGCAUGUGUGAACAGAUGCUUCAAAAGACUUGCGCAUCUCAUGGUGCCGAAAUUAUUAGGUUCACGCAGAAGAAUAUUCUCAGGGUUUAUCCAAAAGGAACACGCGUCUCUUCGUCAAAUUACAGACCACAUAUUGGGUGGAGUUAUGGAGCUCAGAUGGUUGCAUUCAACAUGCAGGGAUAUGGCAGAUCACUGUGGUUCAUGCAAGGGAUGUUUAGAGCAAAUGGAGGCUGUGGUUAUGUGAAAAAGCCUGAUUGCUUAUUGUUGAGAGGUCCCCACGGUGAGGUUUUCCAUCCUACCAGAACAUUGCCAGUGAAGACGACAUUAAAGGUUAAAGUAUAUUUAGGGACCGGAUGGAGCUCAGAUUUCAGCCAAACACACUUUGAUUCUUUCUCUCCACCAGACUUUUACACAAAGGUUUGUAUUGUUGGAGUAGAUAAUGAUAAAGUCAAGAAGAAAACCAAGGUAAUAGAUGAUGAUUGGUUUCCCGUUUGGGAUGAAGGGUUUGAAUUCCCUCUGACGGUUCCAGAGUUGGCUUUACUGAGGAUAGAAGUUCGAGAGUAUGACAGGCACGAAUCAGAUGACUUUGGUGGGCAGACAUGUUUGCCGGUUCCUGAGCUAAGACCUGGAUUCCGAUCAGUCCCUCUAUAUGACAAAAAGGGCAGCCAACUCAAAUCUGUGAGGCUUUUCAUGCAUUUUAAGUUUGUUUCAAACUAGGCAAUUCAGUCGUCUAGCCUCCAAGCUGUUCUUGUUUAUAAUGGGGGUAUCUUUAUUUGUUUUUCCUUCUGACCAUUGGCAGCAAGAGCAUUUUAUCUAUAGCUUCUUCAAACAGUGUCAUAGGCUGUAGAGUUCAGUGGCUAUAUUCACUGCUAUAAAAUCAAUUUAAUAAAUUAAAAACAAAA